AUGGCAUCUCCCACCACCACGUCUGCAUGUUCCAUCAACGAAGAAUCUCUCGCCAUCAUCCCCCUCCUCGAAUCAUGCCGGAACAUCCCUCUCCUAAUGAACGAAGGAUGGGCCGCCAGCCAACUCCUCAAAUACCAAACCGUCUGGAUUAUGAAACUGCGAAUAGGUCGGACAUCGAACGGUCUCUUAGAUGAAGAGACGCUUCGACAGGAAACCGAGAUUCGAGAGACCCUGCCGGCAAACGUAUCGCAUUUAAAAAUGGCGGUGGAGACGUGUAUCGAUAUGGCAUCAAGUCGUCCCCCCUCUCCCACAGAGUUUGGCACCCUAGACCGAUACGAAAUCGAAGGCGCUUACGACGCCGACGACGAUUCUGUCUACGAGACGGAGUCAUUCCCGCAAACGAUGCCUACCUACACGGUAGGACCACAACCAUAUACCCCGACCAGUCCAACCAGUAUCCACUUUCAGACAUGGAAAGGCAACAUCCAAAGAGCCAAGAAAACCGUCGAAAGUCGUCUCGCCAGCCUGCAAUUUUUCGCCGACCAGGUGAAGAGGAUCCACUAUCGGAAACUGCGCAAAGUGCCCGAUUCGAGGUUUCGGCGGAGGGAAUAUGCGCAUCUCGGGAAUAUACGAUAUCAGUUUCAUCCGGAUGUUGACGUGGAGGAUUUGAUUGCGUUGAGGAAGAAGGUCUUGGGGGUUUUGUUCGGGUAUAUGCCGCGAGCGGGGGGUGUGGUUGGACGGACUGGAGCGGGAACCAGCAGAUUGAGUGAUCUGUCGGAUGAUCGACUGCAGUCUCUCUUGCAGAUUGUGUUUGGGGUCCUGAGGCGAAGGAAUCGGUUUAAUUUCUGGGGGGGACGGAAUGGAGCUGCUCCAGCGGGAGUAACCCAGAGCCAACGACGAGGUCGCCCGGUGUUAGGGUCCCUGAUCCACGCCCGAUGGCCAGCUCCGCCGAGACUAAGGGACGGCGACGCAACGUUUAUAUGUCCGAUCUGCGGAGAUACCCUGCUACGAGCUGAAUCCGAGCACGGAAACUGGGAAAUCCACGUCUCAGCCGACCUAUCCCCAUACACCUGCUUCAUCCCCACCUGCAAAACCAGCACGACCUUCCGCCACCGCGAAGACCUCCACUCGCACCUGGAAACCACGCACGGGCAGACAAAAUACUACAAAUGCUACCCGUGCAGCACACACGGGAUAUAUCGCGAAUUUCACAGCAAAGCGGACAUCCACGAGCAUUUAGAUCUCGAUCAUCCGACGUUCGACCGGAGUCGAGAGCGGGGUCGGCCACCGGUGAAGUUGACGCGGCCGGCGGGGGUGAGGGAAUGUCCGGUGUGUUUUUUGCAGGCGGGGGAGGCGUGGGAUCCGGAACAGUUUUUGGAUCAUGUCGGGGUGCAUUUGAGGGAUUUGGCGUUGUUGGCGGUGCCGGGGGUGGUGUGUGCUGCUGUGGAGGAGGGGGAGGGGGAGGAGGGGGUGGCGGUGGAUGGGGAGGUGUUGUGGUGA